GACGAAGAAGAAAACACCUGAAUGUGUUACGUUGUGUGCGCAUGGCGGUGUUUGAAGUAUCAUUUCUCUGUUGAAUUUGUAUUUAUAUUCUUUUAAACAUAACAUUUGGCAGCGGUGCUGUAAUUAAAUACAGAUCUCUACAGGAUGGAGGCUGAUCUGUAUGAUGAGUUUGGAAAUUAUAUCGGCCCAGAGAUAGACUCUGAUGAUGAUGAGGAUGAUCUCGAUGCAGAAGACAGGGAUGUUGAUGAGGGUGAUGAAGAUGAUGACGAUGAGCCUGCUGAUGAUGAUGUCCCAGGGAUGGAGGUGGUCCUGCACGAGGACAAGAAGUACUAUCCUACGGCAGAGGAGGUUUAUGGACCAGAAGUAGAAACUAUUGUCCAAGAGGAGGACACACAGCCUCUUACAGAACCAAUCAUCAAACCUGUGAAGCACAAGCAGUUCACCUUGAUGGAGCAGGAGUUACCUGCCACUGUUUAUGAUAUGGAAUUUCUUGCUGAUCUGAUGGACAGUACAGAGUUGAUCCGUAACGUCACGCUGUGUGGACACCUUCAUCACGGCAAGACUUGUUUUGUGGACUGCCUCAUUGAACAGACGCACCCAGACAUCAGGAAGAGGGAUGAUGUGGAUCUCAGAUACACAGACAUCCUCUUUACAGAACAAGAGAGAGGAGUUGGUAUCAAAAGUACGCCCGUCACAAUGGUCCUACCUGACUCAAGAGGCAAAUCCUACCUUUUCAACAUCAUGGAUACCCCAGGCCAUGUCAACUUCUCUGAUGAGGUCACGUCCAGUAUCCGACUCUCAGAUGGCAUCGUCCUCUUCAUAGAUGCAGCAGAAGGAGUGAUGCUGAACACAGAACGUCUGAUCAAACACGCUGUUCAGGAACGUAUGGCUAUCACCAUCUGCAUCAACAAGGUGGACCGCCUCAUUGUGGAGCUCAAACUGCCCCCUACAGAUGCUUAUUACAAACUUCGCCACAUAGUGGAUGAAGUUAAUGGUUUGCUCAGCACAUACUCCACAGAUGAGAAUGUGGUGGUGUCUCCUCUGCUUGGGAAUGUGUGCUUUGCCAGCUCUCAAUACAGUAUCUGUUUCACACUGGGAUCCUUUGCAAAGAUCUACUCAGACACCUAUGGUGACAUCAACUACGGCGAAUUUGCCAAAAGGCUUUGGGGAGACAUUUACUUUAACCCCAAAACGCGCAAAUUCACAAAGAAAGCUCCCAGCAGUAACUCUCAGCGCAGCUUUGUUGAAUUUAUCCUGGAGCCGCUCUACAAGAUUCUUUCACAGGUCGUUGGGGAUGUGGACACGUCCCUACCGCGGGUUCUUGACGAGUUGGGGAUUCACCUGACGAAAGAGGAACUGAAACUCAACAUUCGACCCUUGCUGAGGCUGGUCUGCAACCGUUUCUUUGGCGAGUUCACUGGCUUUGUGGACAUGUGCGUGCAACAUAUUCCUUCACCACAAGAGGGCGCUCGGAACAAGAUAGAGCACACCUACACAGGAGGCCUGGACUCAGACCUGGGGGAGGCCAUGGCAGAGUGUGAUCCUGAUGGCCCUUUGAUGUGCCACACCACUAAGAUGUACAGCACCGAGGACGGGGUUCAGUUCCAUGCAUUUGGCAGAGUGCUGAGCGGGACCAUUCAGGCAGGCCAGGCUAUCAAAGUUUUAGGAGAGAACUAUACCCUUGAGGAUGAGGAGGAUUCCCUUGUCUGCACAGUGGGGCGUCUUUGGAUUUCUGUUGCCAGAUACCAAAUUGAAGUCAAUCGAGUGCCUGCUGGCAAUUGGGUUCUCAUCGAAGGUUGUGAUCAGCCAAUUGUCAAGACUGCCACCAUCACAGAACCUCGGGGGAAUGAAGAGGCUCAGAUUUUCAGGCCAUUGAAGUUCAACACAGCUUCAGUUAUUAAAAUUGCUGUGGAGCCUGUCAACCCGUCAGAGUUGCCUAAAAUGUUGGAUGGACUGAGGAAAGUCAACAAGAGCUAUCCUUCUCUCACCACAAAGGUGGAGGAGUCUGGAGAGCAUGUUAUCUUAGGCACAGGAGAACUAUAUUUGGAUUGUGUCAUGCACGACCUGCGUAAGAUGUACUCCGAAAUUGACAUUAAGGUUGCAGAUCCAGUUGUAACUUUCUGUGAAACAGUUGUGGAGACGUCAUCUCUCAAGUGCUUUGCUGAGACACCAAACAAAAAGAACAAGAUCACAAUGAUUGCAGAGCCCUUGGAGAAAGGAUUGGCUGAGGACAUAGAGAAUGAAGUUGUACAGAUCACAUGGAACAGGAAGAAGCUGGGAGAGUUUUUCCAGACAAAGUACGACUGGGAUCUGCUGGCUGCUCGGUCCAUCUGGGCCUUUGGACCAGACACCACAGGACCAAACAUCCUUGUAGAUGACACGCUGCCUUCUGAGGUGGAUAAAGCGCUGCUCGGCUCCGUCAAAGACAGCAUUGUUCAAGGCUUCCAGUGGGGCACCAGGGAGGGGCCUCUGUGUGAUGAGCCUAUCAGGAAUGUAAAGUUUAAGAUCCUGGAUGCCGUCAUUGCACAGGAGCCGCUGCACCGAGGAGGAGGUCAAGUCAUUCCGACAGCCAGGAGAGUGGUGUAUUCUGCUUUCCUCAUGGCCACUCCGAGGCUGAUGGAGCCGUACUACUUUGUGGAGGUUCAGGCUCCAGCUGACUGUGUAUCUGCUGUUUACACAGUGUUGGCUCGAAGAAGGGGUCACGUCACCCAGGAUGCACCUAUUCCAGGGUCUCCUCUCUACACCAUUAAGGCUUUCAUUCCAGCCAUAGACUCUUUUGGAUUUGAGACAGAUCUUCGCACCCAUACACAGGGACAGGCCUUUGCCCUGUCUGUGUUCCACCACUGGCAGAUCGUGCCUGGUGACCCGCUGGAUAAAAGUAUUGUGAUCAGGCCUCUUGAGCCUCAGCCCGCCCCCCACCUGGCCAGAGAGUUCAUGAUCAAAACCCGCAGGCGCAAGGGUUUGAGCGAGGACGUGAGUAUCAGCAAGUUCUUCGACGAUCCUAUGUUGUUGGAGCUGGCGAAACAGGACGUGGUGCUGAACUACCCCUUGUAAAGCUGACACCGUGAUUAUUAAGGAUCUGCACAGACUCUCAGACACACAGCGGUAAUAACGGGAGACGUAUGGGAGGAGUCAGCUUUUUGCUUUUUUUUUUAAUAUGUACAAAUAUCCCUCUGUAUGUAGAAUAAGGUAAUUUGGAUAAAAAAAGUAUUAAAAUAAAGGGUGGUGUACUCUG